AUGAAUGGGAAGGAGAGCGGGAUGAACGGUAACGGAUACCACCAUGAAGAACCGGCCGUAGAGGACCUCGAGCGCAUGCUCCCCGACGUCAACGAGGGACAGGUCCCCUUCGGCAUGAUCGUCUCGCGAGUGGCCCAGCAGAUCUACGCGGAGCUGCAGGAGGUGGCAGAGACACUCCCCGGCAUGUCCGACGUCGCGCGCAAGCGGACCCUCGCGGACUUUGUCGUCGCAACGAAGAAGCAGGUCGUCAAGCUGUACGCGAUCGCCAAGUGGGCGCGCGAGGCGGAGACGGUGCAGAAAUGCCUGAAUCUCGUAGGGUUCUUGAUGAACCAGAAGUACGAGAUUGACUCUGCGAUCGGGCGACUGCACCAGAUUCACGACGAGCUCAAUCCUGAACGCCUCGGCAACCACGACCUCCUCACCUCCCUCGAUGUCCUCACCACGGGCACCUACCAGCGCCUCCCCACCAUCAUCAAGAAAUCCGUCAUCCCCGUCAAACCCCUCACCAACCCCGAAGUCGUUUCGACCUUUCGCGAGCUCGAACAGGUCAUGCGCUACCGCCUACGCACCACUGAAUACAUCCCCGUCGAGAUGAUGCAGUGCCGAAUAGCUCAUGCCGACUUCAAAGUCGAGAACCCUGAAAUCAAGACGCCUGCAAUUGGAAUUGACGCCGGAGCGCCAAUUCUUGCAAACCUCAACCCGAGCUGA